UGAGUUAUGUAGACACAAGUUUCGUUUUGUGAGGUCGCACGGUAUCAUUUAUUCAUCUCACCCUCUUUCCUCACUCUUCCUAGAACCUCUGCUUCUCCUUCUUCUUCCUACUCUUGUAUACUAUGGAUUUUCAUUCUCUUCCCAAUUUCUUUCUUCUUCUCUCCUUCUCCACCCUCUUCCUUUCAUUUUCACACGUUCAAGCUCAAAUUACUUUCAAAUAUUGCGAUAAGAAGGCAAACUAUCCUGUGAAGGUGACUGGAAUUGAAAUAUUGCCAAAUCCUGUGGUCAGUGGUGAUCCAGCCAACUUUAAGAUCUCAGCUACUUCUGGUAAAGCUAUUCAUGGUGGAAAGGUGGUAAUUGGAGUUUCCUAUGUUGGGGUGCCUGUCCAUUCUGAAACCAUUGAUCUGUGCAAGGAAGUAUCUUGUCCCGUUGCUAAUGGAAAUUUUGUGAUUUCUCACACCCAAACACUGCCUUCAAUUACUCCACCGGGACCUUAUACUCUGAAGAUGACACUGAAGGAUGACAAUGGAGGCCAGUUAACUUGCAUCAAGUUUAAUUUUAAAAUCGUUCUCAGAUCCCUUGUGUCCGACAUGUGAAAGUAUUAUCCUCUGCAUGAUUGAUCUGGUUUACUUCUUUGCUUUGUUGUGUAUUUUAUUUACUGUAAAGUGUAUUGUGUAUCACCUUUCAAGAGUCAUAUCACGCACGACUAGGGCCAAUGUUGUCAAAUGUUUAAGUCAUAUACUAUACAUUAUACUGUGACAUGAACUCGUGAUGUACUAUUAGGUGAAUGGCGAAUCUUCCUUCUUUCCUGAA